AUGGCGGAUGACCACGAGGAGAGUGCAGUGUUCAAACAGCUUUUCAUCAUGUUGGUUAAAUUUCAAUAUCAAGGUGUGAAGAAAUUUGUAAAACUGAACAGUGAUAGUACGUUCCAAGACUUUCUCACUGAAGCAAGAACUGCAGCUCUUGAGGUCUUUGAUACAGUGGAAGAGGACAUCUUCCAUGAAUUGAUUGAAGGCAGUCCACAUUUAUGCCUAACAGUAAGAUGUCUGGAAGAGAAUAUUUCUGCUGGUUUGUGUGAGGAGUUUUCACCCACAAGAUCGUCAACACCCAGCACAUGCACGGAUACUCUUUCACUCUCUUCAACUGACCAUGAAGAGACAGAGAGAGCAGUGCAUAUUCAAGCCAAAAUGGCCAGCAACAGUUUUAACAUAGACUCUGAAAAGGCAAAACGGUUUAAUCAGGACUUUGCUCUGCUCUUCAAUGCUGAAACAUCCAACAAGUUUCUUGAACGGUGGGAGACAGCAUUCAAGCAAAAGAUCAUCAAUGAAGCCCAGUCUCUAACUUCAACAGCAGAAAUUCAGUGUCUUCUCAAUGCAGCAUGUGGACAAGGUUCUGAAAAUGGUUGGCAUAAUUUGUGA